GGUGGUGGAGGGGACGCAGAGCGAGGGGAGAGGGGGAGGGGGAGCAGCCUGUGGUCAGGAUGAGUUUGGGAAAGUUCCCGGUGUUGAAGAACCUGGUGUCGGGGUCUCAUGGGAAACGGCGAGCGAGGCCGGAGCUGACGGUGGACAUGAUCAGCCCCCCACUGGGGGACUUCAGACACACCAUGCACGUGGGAAGGGGGGGGGACGUGUUCGGGGACACCUCCUUCCUGAGCCAGCACGGAGGGGGAGGGCGCGGUGGAGAGGGCGGGGGGCAGCGAGUGGGGGGCAAAGCCAGCCUGUUAGCGAGGGCCAUGAGGAGCGUGGCCAAGUCUCCUGCCCGGCCCCGGGAACACAGCCCCCCCCGCCCGCCCGCUCCCCCGCCCCCCGUCUCCCCCAUCAUCAAGAACGCUGUCUCCCUGCCCCACUUGGCCAACACUCACACCUGCACUCAGGAGAGGCUGAACUUCCGGAGUGCGCCGACGGGCUUGGGGGAGCCGUACGGGUUGCAGUCGGGGUUCUGUACGCUCCCGCGGUAUUCCCGGGCGGAAAAGCCCCAGGAACAGCCCCCGCUGCCCCGCCCCGACUCCCUGCUGACCUUCGACCUGGACCUGGGGCCCUCCAUGCUGAGCGAGGUGCUGGAGGCCAUGACCUGGGGGGAGGCCCCCAAAGGCCGGGCCCAGUUCAGUCUGGAAGGUCCCCUCCGGGAGACGGCGGAGGCGGAGGCCGAGGCGGGCGGAACGUUCCAGAACGGCCCCGGUGGGCGGCAGCGGAAUUCCGAGGUCACUCCGGGCGGGAAUUCUCUCCGGACGGAUCUAAAGGGGCCGGUCUCGGCCGGCACCAACUCCUCCCCCGUCCACCGCAUCCUCAGCCGCCAUUUCGUCCCCUCCCGGCCCCCCGCGAAGGCCUGCCCUGAGGAGGCCGCCCCACCAUCUUCCGCGGGGCCCGGGGGUCAGGGGUCCCUCGUGCCCACCCCACCCCCCGGGGUGCGGGCCCCGGCAGACGGAGCAGACAGCAGGGCUCUGGCCGGGGGGGGCGAGAGGCCGGAACACGGACACACACCUCCGGGGGCAUUGCCCCCCCACGGUUUCCAUCCACUGAAGAUUGAGGAGUUGGUCUUUGCCGACGAGGACGAAGUGAUCGGGGUCUAGUGACCGGGGGGACUCCUCGCUGCCACGAACGUGCCCGGAGCCGGUGUGGAUGGUGAACACCGGCACGGACUUCCUCACUCAUCUGUCUCGCAAUGUUCGACUGGCGACCACACACUCUGAAUUGUUUAGUACGCGUAUAAACCCGUCACCGUGACCGGCCGCGUGUCUGACACGCACGGAAACCCGUCACC